CUUGAUAGUCUAGAGGACAGAAUUUCUCAACAAGAACAAAAUACACAAGCAUUAUUACAGAGAACUAUGAAAAUAAAAGAAGAUGUCAUUGAUAGUUUGAAUUUUACUCAUGGAACCUGGAAUGAUGAGAAACAUGCUCGAUCAUUGCUUCAAGAACAUAUUAGAAGUAUCACAGCUGUUGUUAACAGAUUAAAUCAUGAUAUUUCUGCAUUAGAGGAAUCUAUAAGACACAGAGAUAGUGCUACAGUGGGUCAGAACAGUGCUUUAAGAAACCUAGAAGUCCAUCAUGUUGGUUCAUUAACUGAUGUCCGUGGACGUAUAGUAAGAUGUGAUACGUCUAUAGCUAGAUUAGGUGUAGAAGUAAAAUCUUGUGUACAGUCCAUUCGUACGUUAUCACAACAACAACAAGGUUUAGCUAACAGUCAAUCAGAAAGAAUGAAUGGCAUUGAAUCUCAGAUAGCUACACUGUCUCAACAUGUCGAGAGAAUAGCAGGUGAAAGUAAAAUUAAAAUACAACAUGUAGAGGGGGAUACAUCUCAAUAUUUAAACAUGUUAGAUGGUAAGACAAGAAAAAUGAUAGAAGACUUAAAGAACUCACUUGGUGCUAUACAAGCCAUGCAGGAAACAGAAAGAGAACGCAUGGAAGAGAGAAUUAUUGCUAUGAUAGAA